CAUCAACAAAUUGAACAUCUCGCUGUCUUUCGGCGAAGUUUGCCCCAUCAUGGUGGCCUAUGAUGCCGCGCACACGGCUGAGCUCAAGAAGUGGCUCUCGGAACAAUUGGACGGUAUCUGCGAUGCCGAUCCAGAGGUCCUUUCUGACUAUGUGCUUGCCCUGCUCAAGCACGAAGUGUCGGAUGACGCACUCUCUGGCAUCCUCACAGAAUCACUAGAAGACUUCCUAGCUGAGCAUACCGAACCUUUUGUAAAACUAAUCAUUGGUGCUCUCAAGGACCAAUCUUAUCUUCCCGCAGCUUCACGCAAGCGACAAGCUUCAGAGGCACCUGCAGCAUCUUCUAGUCAACUACCCUCCGCAGCCGCCUCUGUUGAAGGUACCGGUGCAGAAUCAGGGGAUGGGCCGUCCUCUUCUAACGGGACCCGUCAGAGUCAUCGAGGGGGUGAUCGGGAUCGCGAGCGCGAUGGUAAAAGGAGAAAAGGGGACGGAGCGGGGGAGAUCAGGCGCGGACUUUGCAGAGACUACCAUCAAAAGGGCUGGUGCUCGCGCGGUGCGGAAUGUAGGUUUCAACACUCGACAGACGUGGUCAACGCGGCUGGCAACGGGACGCCAAACCAUCCACAUUUCACUCCAAAUGGUCCAAUCCCAAUGAUGCUCGGCGCUGGUCCGAUCAGGCUAGGUGGCCCAGGUGGUGCACCUCAGCCUUUUGGUGGCAUGCAGCAGCCAUUCGCAUUCAGUGGACCCAUGCCUAGAGGACCGUGGCCAGGACCAGGUCAGCCUGGCUUUUCUCAUGCAGGAAGCCCACGAGUUGGCCCUCAAAUGAACCCUGGUGGCCCACCGGAUCAGGCAGCUGGGCCAGGCAUGGGUGCGCAAAUGCCGCCCAACUUUCCGCCUCAGCAGCAGCAACAGUCUUUCAUGCCAGACAGCGCAGGCAUGCCUGGAAGACCGGUGGUCGGUGGUCGCGGCGGAGGUCAUCGUCAGCAUCAAGGUACAUUCCGGCAGAGGAAGAGCGAGACUGCCCUAGUCGUGGAAAAUAUCCCACCCGAGUCUUUGGAGCUGAUCAAAGUCAACGAGUUCUUCAAACGCUUUGGCACUAUCACAAAUAUUCAAAUCGACGUACCUGGGAAAAAGGCAUUGGUGGAAUACUCUAGGCCGGACGAGGCCAAAGCUGCUAUCAGCUGCCCUGAUGCGGUGCUUGGCAAUCGGUUUGUGAAGGUUUUCUUCCAGCGAUUCGAAAAUGGUUCAUCCAAUGGCCAGCCAGCUUCAUUACCUGCUGCAUCCGCAGCCGCCCGUCCCAGACCACCUCCCCCAGAGAAAUCGGCAUUUGUAGUAGGGCAGAACCAGUACCACGCGCCUGGUAUGCCGGUCUCAGCAGGUCAACGCGCAAAAUUGAUCGCGAUGCAGCACGGUGCACAGCGGAAGGUUGAUCACUUGCUCGGAGAGCAAAAGACUUUGAUGGCCGCCAUCACCAGUCCUUUGACGUCGACGGAGGCCAAGAAAGCCUCGAUGACGCGGAUGAAAGCCAUCGAGGGCGAAUUGGGUGCUGCUACCACGCAGCUGAGAGAGGCGAUAAAGGCUGUCCAGUCUUUGCCCCCUCCCCCGCCUGCUGAGGAUCCCGCGAAACGGAAGGAAAUGAAGGAAAAGGCCGAGAGAGAGCAGAUGGACAGAGAGUUGGAUAUGCAUAGCCGAGGCGAGACCAGCGAAAGCACGGAGGAGCUCAAAGCGAAGUUGGAAAAGCUCAGGGAAGAGGCCGCUGCGAUUGGGUUAGAUGCGAAUGGCACACCCACUCAUGAAGGCGGCUACAGGGGUAGAGGGCGCGGACGCGGGACUUACUUCUCCAGAGGUCGAGGCGCGUACGGGCAAAGGCCCAGCAUGAGGCUUGAUAAUCGCACGACCAAGCUUGUUGUCAGUGACGUGCCCACAGAGCACAAGGAGCAAGUCAAGGAGCAUUACAAACAAUUUGGCGAGGUGGAGGAUAUCUAUGACUCGAGCCCGCGAGCGUUCAUUAUCACGUACAAGGCGCGACCGAGCGGUGAAGCCGCCAUGCGGGCUAGCACGGAGAUUGCCACCGUUGGGACAGUGAAGCUAGCAUGGGCAGCGGCGGAUGCGGGACCACAAGCUCAAAGCGUCUCGGCCGCCUCUGGUGCUCCCUCUUCCUCUUCAGCACAGGCCAGCAAUGCGAUGUCGAGCUCCAUGGACGGGAACAAGGCCGUCCCAAGCGAUGGAGAAGCGGAAGAAGGAGAAGAGGAGGAUUGGAGGCCGGCAUGAGACUGUUGGGGAUGAGCAGGCUAGCCGAGCAGAAUGCCCGUGAUGCAAAGGUCAAUGCAAGGGAUGUCAGAUGAUAAGCAAAAAAAGGGGGGUCCACGAUCAACUUAGUAGUCCUUCCUGUCC